GAGCGCGGGACCGCCAGCCCCCGGCCGCACGGCCCGGUGUCCACCCGGAGUCCGGGAAGAUGGCGUCGGGCGCUGGCCCCCGCCGGGACCCGGGGCGCCCCGAGUCGCCCCGAGUCGCCGCGCACCUGCCAGGGGCCGGAGAAGGGCUUUCUUGUGGCCGCGGGGAAGUCCGGAACAGGAACUGCGCGCGGAGCGGGGGCGCGGCCGCCGCCCGGCACCUGCCCUCCGCCUGCACAGGUUGGAGUGUCUUGAGCAGGAAAGGACAUAAAAGAAAAUCUCCCCGAGGCCUGUUUUCCAAACGUGGAAUUAGGGGUCCAGAGGGGCUAAGGAACUUGUCCAGAGCCAAACGGGCAAGCUGGCCUAGGACCCAGGUGGCCCAGCAGCCGAGUGCCCCGUGGCACAGUGUCCCUGUGCAUAGGGAAGAAAUGUCUCACGCAGGACCCCUCUCCAGGAACGUCUUUUUGAGCACCUUCCUGCAGGAGCAUGGCCCGGAAGUUCUGGACGUUCCUGGCAUGACCGAUCUCGUGGAGUACUAUGAUCCUGGGCCCUCCCCUAACAGCAACAGCCCCGACGAUGUGGCCAUGCGGCUGGCCUUCAUCGGGGACGAGAUGGAGGGGCGGUGGAUGAUGCCCCGCGUUGGCGAGCUGCCCGGGAUGGCCGUGUACAGCUUGGCCUUCACCUACAACCAGACGGGCCUGAGAGGUGUUCUCAGAAGUCUCAUGGAUGGUCUGGCCAACCUCAGGGAGAACAUACGGAUCUGGGGCUUCCUGACCCUCAGGAACAGGGUGUCCCCCAACUCGGGGCGCGGGCUGGCGCUGUCCCUGCUGCUGCUGGUGUUGCUGCUGGGCUGGGGGCUCCACCUCCUCCAGUGACUGUCCCCUGCUGCUCAGCACGGGGGCGGGGCUGGCCUCGCCCCCCCGACCACCACCCUGGAGGUGGCCUCAGUUGGUUUUGUUGUCUUUUUAACUGUUUUCUGAUGAUCCCUUUUUUUUUUUUUAUAUUUAAACUCUGAGUGCUGGGACACUACUGAGGUUUCAUACUAGUUUUUUCUUUUUCUUUUUGUAAGAGAAAUGAAUUCAUUAUACCUCUGGGGUCGUUACUGGGUAACUGCCCGCGCCAAGGCCUGGCUGGGCCUGCUCUCCGGGUCCCACACCGCGCAGUGGCCGGUCCUUCCUCUAGCAGGUCGGUCACACGGCGGGCAACGGGGGGAGUGCUGGCCGCACCCCCGUGUCUGUGAUGCCCGCAGCAAAGAAUCUGCUGGAAUAGAUUUGGGAGGGGUAGGAGAGCUCAAUAAAAUGUUGGUUUCCA